UUUACCGCGUGCGCGCGUGUUGAGUGUAUGAAGAAACAGCGCUGCAAAUAGGCAUUGACGUUGUAAGUGCAAUGGACAUUUUCAACGAAAUGCUGCUCCAGUAUCCACAGCUGAUGUAUGGUGGGGUUGGAGCAACUGCAUUUGUUACUGGAGGCGCCCUUAUCUACAAAAUUGCUACCAGGAAGAAGCCGACACAUGUAAAUGUGAACUGUUGGUUUUGUAACGAGGAUACUGUCGUUCCCUAUGGAAAUCGGAACUGCUGGGAUUGUCCAAAUUGUGAUCAGUACAAUGGAUUUCAGGAGAAUGGUGACUACAACAAGCCCAUACCGGCCCAGUACAUGGAGCACCUAAACCAUGGAGUUUCUGCUGGCCUUACGCCACCUGAAACCCCUAAAACGCUACAGUGGGUGAACUGCCAGAUGCUGCUCUGCAAGAAAUGCAACAACAAUCAGACUCUGAAGAUCAAACAGCUGGCUUCUUUCAUCCCGAGGGAAGAUGAAAACUACGAUGAAGAGAUUGAGGUGUACAAACACCACCUGGAACAGACGUACAAGCUCUGCCGACCCUGUCAGACGGCCGUGGAGUACUACAUCAAGUACCAGAACAGGCAGCUUCGGACACAGCUGUUUAAUCACCAGCUGCGGCGCAGUCGUGAGGCCGACAAAGCCUUUGUCAAAAAUUCUUACUCCCUCCCCACACCUGCCCGUGUGAUAUUCCUCCGCUUCCUAGCCUUCCUCUUCUGUGUGUUUCUGGUUGCCGUGACGUUGUGCGACACAGACACCUCCGAUGGACAGAGUGCCCCAGCCACCCUUAGUGGUGGGGUGGCUCCCCCAAAGCACGCCCAAGUCAACGAGAGCGCCUCGGAGCAGAAUGCUAGCACUGACGGCUGGCCAGUAGGGCAGAUGUGGAGUGAGAUGGUGAACCUGUUGCCUGAAGAGGUGCUGGAGAAGGGCAGGCUGCUCUGGCAGAAUGGCAGUGACCAUCAGACAGCUGUGGCCUCCAUGGGCAUGCUGACCUGCCUUACCAGUGUUCUAAUGGCUGGACCUGUCAGACUGCGAAGGAUUGAUGCCGUUGCCUCGGUCUUGUGGUUUGUGGUCACGUGCCUUUACUGGUCGGAGAGUUACCUGAAGAUGGACGUCCCGGGCUGGCUCGACACGAUCAAGUUUGGCACCACUUGUUUGUGCUGCCUGGUUGGCUUUGCUGCUGCUGUGGCAACUCGUAAAUCCAUUGGUCAAAGGAGAGCCAGAGGUCGAAGGUACCUGUCAGGCGGCUCUGUGUGCGGUGGACCAUCUGCUUUGCUGACCAUGCCCAUGUCUGGGUCCUCCACCUUUGUCCCCACUCCACCCCCAAACCUCUCGCAUCUCAUCACCAGACAGCAGAGCCAGAGGGCUCGCAAGGCCUCCCCCUCGUCUCUGCCGGGGAGGCUAAAUCGAGCCCUCUCUCUGGGAACCAUUCCCUCGCUCACACGAACAGACUCAGGUUACCUGUUCAGCGGAAGUAGGCCACCCUCACAGUGCAAAGACUCUCCACCCUCAGACUACUUUUCACUGAAGUCUGGGAGUCGUCCCUCCUCUCCUGGCCCCUCUCCCACACCCUCAGUUGCAGGCUCGGUCACGUCCACCUCCAGCUCGGCCUGGCAGCGUCGUCCCCUCAUCAGCCCAGCGCGGCUCAACAUCGGCGGACGCAAGUUGCAGCUCUUCUCCCAGCCUCAGGAGCCAGUCAGCUUGUUCACCCCUCCCUGCACGCCAGAGCCCACCCACUUCUCUUCCAACAACAGCCCAUAUCUACCAGAUGGGAUGCCCUUCUCCACUUCAAAUCACGACUUGAGCUCUGUGCUGGAGAACAGCAGUGUGUCCGAUCUGGAUGAGAAGAGGGAAGAUGGGUCUUCUGGCUCCUCAAAGUGUCACGUGGACACCACAACUGGCAACGGAACCGAGAGCAAGUCUGAGUGGAAGGGUCUAUUCAGCUGGUCCCUCUGGCCUGGUGUGCUGUGUGCAAGUCUAACAGCCAACCUGUUCCUCUCCUCCCUCUACCUGUAUCACACCUGGAGAUGAGCACUGCUUCCCCAGCCGUAACUAGACUCUUUGGAGGUCGAGGGAAGUAUGCUUUGCUCUCCUGAAUGUAGACUCCUUUUGUUUUGGACUUGGUCUCCAGUCAUGACGUGAUCCCAGGAUUAGUAUCACGCAAAUGUACAAUCUUAACUGGUGCCGGGGGCGGGUAAAAUGGCCGCUGUUUUAUCACAGCUACUCUAGUUGGGCUUAGCGAAUAGUGUGGGUAUAAUACUCACAGCCACUGGACAUUUACAGGUGGUGGACAAAAUAUCAGAAAGGCCUACCAAAAGAACAUAUCUAGUAAACUAAUAUCAAAAAAGCCCACUCGUAACCUUCAAAACAUUUUUAGUGUUUAUAGAAAUGUCAUACAGUAUGAUUCACUGGUGCAGAUGCUUUGUAAUCAUGGUUUAGGUAGUUCAAAGCUACUCCUUUUCUUUUCAGAAGUUCCAGUAUUUUGUCCACGUCCUGUAUAGUGAAGCCUCUGAAUUUCAUUGAGCUUCAUCUCUUGUCGCUGGAUUGUUUGUCAAUCAGGUCUUACACCAUGUGUGAAUCUAAUUAACACAUCCCAUUUCAAAUUAACCUUAAUCAAGCCUCUUAUCCAGGCACUGAAGAAAAAAAGAAAUCAUUAGUUACGUUGUACUUGUCUCCUGAAGCGUCUAUGUUACCACAGGAUCUUAACUGUGGGUAGGCUGCUUGUUUUUGUUUUGUUUUAUGGCCAAGGCAAAGAUCUGUAUGUUUUCUGUGUGAACCCUCAGCUCCCACAACAUAGCAGCAUUUGUGUUACUGGUGCAUGUCCACACAAUACUGCAUCCUGCAAUUCACAUUGAAUGUCCUUUAUUUCCAGUACUCAGACUAUUUCUUAGAGAACUUGUGUGUACUCAGUUUAUUUUAUUUUAUUUUAGAUCACAAUUACAUGUAGACUCUCACUGUGAAGCACAGCUUCGUCUCUUGGUGUUAUGUAUAUGGAAUAUUGAUGUCUUACAUUUCCGUGUUUACCAGGUUCAAUUGUAAGAAAGAUGUUUUAAAAAUUGUUUCAGUGAAACAAGUUAUGGCAGGGUGGCAUUUUUUUAUUUCUAGAAACUACAAUGGUCUGUGCAAACUGGCUAGUACAAUGUAUUGUAUAUUGGUGCAAUUUUCUUUUUGUAAAUGUAAACUAUAUUCUAUUUGGCCUCAUGUGGACUAGUGGCAACUGCUUUUCUUCUUUGGGAUUGCAAUAUAAAAACACUGGAUUUUCCUUAAUCCUAAUGCUACAAAGAAUUCCGAGCACAUCAAAAAUAAAGUGUAAGGAUUAGACGUCUUAAAAAAAUAUUUCAGUCUGUGUAAUUAUUUUAGGAAAAUGAGAAGAGACGUUUUUGAUUGUAUUAUGGCUUUGCUGGGCCAGGUAUGACUAGCACUAUGUGGCACAGUUCACCAGCUAGAGAUAACUCUAUAAAGUUGUGGACUAGAACUAUUAUUAAAACUAUCGUUACACUUACUGGCUUUUCCUCUAAGACCGACACUGACAUGUGCAUUACCCUGCACCUUUAGCCGAUGACUGGAUUUUUUUUUUUUUUUGCCCUUUGGAGGUGUUUGAUUUAGAAAUGUCAGAUCCCAUUAGGGCUUUAAAGACACCCCUCCUACAUUAAGGCUACAUUUCUCAUGGGUAGCUAUCUAUGUAUUAAUAUACAUCUGGGUACAUAAAACCUCACAAGGCUGUAUAACUUCACCCUCAACACUAAAUUAAUGAAAAUCUAAAUGAUAUCCAAAGAUCAUUAACAUUUUACCUUAAAGCGGUUUUAUACAUGAUUGUCUGACAUGGAAUCAAAAAGAAAAAAGAAAAAAAGUCCAGUUUUCUAGUUUACAUUGUCAUACAACUUAGUCAUUUAACAGCACAAACAAAUGCUGAUGGCUAUUCACGGUUGUCUUGAAAGUGCUCUGAUCAAGAAAUGUAUUGCCUCAUUCUUAACAUUUUGACAAUAAGAAUGGUCAUCGUUAGCCUGGCUAACGUCAGACCUCAUCUCAUUGAGAUGGGGUCUGGGAACUAGACAUUCAUUUUCUCGUAUUUGAAACGUGGUUUUACGAAUGCCCAGAGCCGUUUAUUGGGUGCUACGAA